AUGAUUCUGAUUCUCCCGAGCCCCAUCGCCAUGGCGCCUCUGCCCCGCGGGAGGUAAUAAGCGGCAACACAACGCAAACUCCCAGCCCAGAGCGAGCCCGCGAGACCGAGGCGACCAUCCCCGCCCCCCUCUCCAUCCCCGCCCGAGCCCUCUCGCCCAGGCCGGCGGCCGGGAUGUCCUCGUCGUCCGCCGCCGCCUCCGUGCCGGGGGCCGCGCCGGCGGACGCCCUCCGCCGCAACCGUAUCAUCUCCAGCAAGCUCUACUUCGACGUGCCGGGCUCCAAGGCUCCGGUGGUCUACUCGACGGCGUACGACAUCGCCUUCCUCGGCAUCGAGAAGAUGCACCCGUUUGAUUCCUCCAAAUGGGGCCGCAUAUGCAGGUUCCUCACCAAAGAAGGCCACCUGGAGAAGAACCGAGUGGUGGAGCCAUUGGAGGCUUCCAGGGAAGAUCUGCUGGUGGUUCACACGGAGGCAUACUUGAACAGCCUCAAGAGCAGCUUCAGGGUUGCAGCCAUUGUAGAGGUUCCUCCACUAACUCUCAUGCCUAAUUGGCUCGUACAGCAAAGGCUACUGUACCCCUUCCGGAAACAGGUGGGUGGGUCCAUUUUAUCAGCUAAACUUGCGCUUGAGAGAGGAUGGGCAAUUAAUGUCGGUGGAGGGUUUCACCAUUGUUCGGCGGAGGAAGGGGGAGGAUUUUGUGCAUACGCUGAUAUUUCGCUCUGCAUUCAGUUUGCGUUUGUCCGUCUGGAUAUUUCAAGAGUAAUGAUCAUAGAUCUGGAUGCUCACCAAGGAAAUGGUCAUGAGAAGGAUUUUGCUAAUGAUGGAAGGGUUUACAUUUUGGACAUGUACAAUGCUGGAAUUUAUCCGUUUGAUCAUGCUGCUAAGCGAUAUAUUGAUCAGAAAAUCGAGUUAGUUAGUGGGACAGAAACAGAUGAUUACUUGGAUCAGCUUGACAAGGCUUUGAAGGUCGCCCAAACUAGAUUCCAGGCCCAGCUUAUUAUUUAUAAUGCUGGGACAGACAUCCUGGAUGGUGAUCCAUUGGGCAACUUGAAGAUAAGCCCUGAAGGUGUGGUGAUCAGAGAUGAGAAGGUGUUCAGAUUUGCAAAAGAUCAGAACAUUCCACUUGUCAUGAUGACAUCAGGAGGCUACAUGAAGUCGAGCGCACGUGUGAUCGCAGAUUCGAUUACCAAUCUCUCACAGAAGGACUUGAUACAGCUAGGUAGCCAGCCAGAAUAAACGAGGAGCCUCUGCCGCCCACAAGUGUUCAACCUGAAGGGCACAUCCACUGGAUGUAUAGUCUGUAAGAAGAGGUUUGCCGUUCUAUCAUAUCAGCAUGUAUGGAUCAUGAAAAGUCUUGUCACCUUGUACAUACUGUCAUAAGGCCUUUGUUUCCCAGAAGAUUACGCAAUGGGGAAGCCGAGAGCGCCAUGAUGACAAGAGAGACAACACCUGGAGAUCCCCGUUGAUCCCCAUCAUCAAACUAUACUGUACGGGUUUCAGUUACUCCUAUUUUCUCGUGGGAAGCCAAUAAAUACUGCUUAAAGAGUUUGCACUGUAUAGAUCUUGAAGGUUAUCAAGAAGAGAUACGGUAUGAUGUUUUUGUCGCGCCGGCUUUCCUGGCAAGACGGCUUUCAUCGCCGGCUUGUUGGAUGGUUUACAGUUAUUAUCUGUUUUGUAAUUCCUGCUACUUGGAACUUGGUUCCUUCUCUUUUGAUGACAGCUCUCGGCGGAAAGACACGGAUAGUUGAAGCUGCCAGGAGACCAUCUUGGUCGUUGGCACUGAGCCACCGAGCUUCAUCAUCCAGUGCUUGAAUUUGAUGCCAGACUAUUCCUUUCCAAUAAAAUUCCUCGGUGCCUAGAGCCCUAGACCUUUCCUUGCUCA